AUGCCUCAUUUCAGGAACAAGAAUGUGGAUUAUGCUUCACUUCCUGAAUCAUACAAGUCUAACACACCCAAGGAAAAGCUGGUGUUAUCUUUUUGUGAAAAUUUUAGAAGGCAAUUUGUUCAUCUGUACCGCGAUCGCAAGCCGUUGUUUUUAAAUCCUGUUAAUGAGGCAGGAACAGAGGUAAGUUUAUAUUUAUUUAACAAAAAAACAACAGCAUACAGUGUACAUUAAAUUUAUUAAUUUUUCUUAUUUAUUGAUCUACUGGACUGACAGUGCUGUCCAAAGAUGGAGGGGUGUUAAUGAAAUUGAAGGUCCCAAGCAAUGUGCUACCCUCCCCUCCCUAGCCAAUCCUUCAGCCCGUAAGAGGGUGCAGAGCUUCUGUAGAUGUUUUGGGUAAAAUAAGUUAUUAGCUUAUACCAGUGUGCAAUCCGGUUUGAUUCCUUUGUUUUGUAGCCCUAAUUAUUCAUAGGAGACAAAGAGAAUUCUUCUUUAACCAGAAAAUCAUAAACAGAUUUUGGCAUACAGCAUGGACACUAGGAACGGCUGUUGCCAGGGCUUGUUGCCUGCCUAAUGGUUUCUUUAUUGCUUACAAGAGAGAAAGAGAAAAUAAUAGAUCAGUGAUAGUUUAAGAAUUGGUCCAGGGGAGUGGGGUACAUUUGGCUUGAAAAAUUUCCAGGCACAAAAAUUAAUUUCUGAAAUUAAACCCUGCCUUUAGGUUGAGGUAUUACCAUCUCAUCUUUUAAGGUACAGACUAUGUGCAUACUGGCAUACAGGUUUCUCAGCUCAUAUAGUCAACUGGUUUUUUUGUCAUUCUCCAAGAAGACCAGAAAGACUAACCAUCUGUAAAUCUCUAAAGAAUAUGCAGCAAAUUCUUCUAAAUUAUCUUCAACCUCGGAGCGAUAGUCCAGUUAAGAAUUGAAUGUGGGCGUACUACACUGAAACUGAAUUCAACUUUAGGUUGAGACUUCCUUAUGUUUUGGCAUUUAGGACUUCCUGACCCUCUUUUAAUUUUCAGAAAGUAUUCAUGGGGUGGGUGGGGAUGGAUAUUAUCUGGAGCUGCACAGUGCUCAAAAAUGGAGAUUCUUUAAUUUAGUCUCAUUCUUCUUCACUUUCAGUACAUAACAUUUCAUUUUUGCUUUUGCAGAAAUUUGUUUGUACAACUAUACGCCCUACACUUUUGCCUUACAAAGAAGUUUAUGAUUAUGAUUGUUGUGCACAGUUUGUAUCAGAUUAUCUAACAUUUGUCUCUUUGGAUCCACCUAUUGACUUGGUAAGUACACUGUAAAUGAGGAAAUGUAAAAUCUAUUUAAACCCACAUGUAUGCAGUGUAGUACUGCAGUCAGCUUGUCUGCUGUGUAACACUGAAUGACAAGACCCACAAAAUACAUCUAUCACCGCCUACAGCAGCUGUGGCACAUACCCUUCUGUCAGUGAGAGUAUUUUAAUCAGGUGUCUUAAUUGGAACUCAAUAUUGUUUCCUUCUUUAGAAGUUCUAUGUCUAUUUAAAAAAAAUAAUUAAAAAAAAAACAUUCAGAGGGUGGGAAUUCAUAAGAGGGAGUGUUCAAUUUUUUUAAGACAGUAUUAAGUAGUAAAAAUGAUGUAUAAAGCUUUAACUUCACAGAUUUAACUCUAAUUUUUCCUCCUCAAGAACCAUUGCACGUAUGUCUCUGACUCUUGUACUGUAUAUCCAACUUUUUCACUUGUUCCAGACAAAUAAAUGUUUCUACUAUUUUAUUAAUUUUUUUUUAUACCAGCCUAGUACCUUGGUGUCCCCUACCACUGUGCUGAGGAGCCAAAAAGGAAACUGUUUUGACUUUAGUGUUCUGCUUUGCUCUUUAUUGAUUGGAGCGGGUUAUGAUGCUUACUGUGUUUGUGGAUAUGCAACAAGAGAAACAACACUCACAGAUGAAACACGAGAGAUUUGCCCUCUUCUCAAGAAGAAAGAUGAGGUUAGUUGCUUGAGAAAUAAUGCAUAUGUUGCAGUUAAUUUUCUUUCUCAGGUAAUUUUUGUUUUUCUUUCAUUUUUGGGUAUGGUAAUGUAUGCAAGUGAAGUUGAAACAAAGGAAAAAUAGAAAUUAACUGAGAUAAAAAAAAUUAACUACAACAUAUACACACAUAUAUGUGGUGUACCUGUAUUUGUCUUUCCUGAUUUGAAAUAUCCUGAGUAAUAUUUCAUAAAUUAAGUCUACUGACAUUAUUGACCAAGCUUUGUAUAUAAAGUUAAUCUUAACUUGGCAGGACUUUACAAAUCCGGUCCAGGAUAUUUAAGCCCGAAUCUUGAAGAAAUAGUCUAUUACUUACAGUUAUCAUAAGGAAGGAUGAAAGUUUGGAAAGAAUAUUUUGCAUUAAUUAUACAUUUAUUUUAAAAGGUGACAAAGGAGGAGGUGAAAAAGGAAGUAAAAAAGUACGCAGUAAAACCUCCAAAAGAUUUAAGAAGCAAAUUUGAGGCCAAAGUUGAAGCAAAGAAAAAGGCUGAAGAAGAGGAGAAAGAAAGAAAACGUCGUGAUGAAGAGAAUGCAAGAAUUGCAGUGAGUUAAAGCAUUGUGUUUGUUAUCACUCUUAUUUACUAUGUGAUGAAAUCAUAUGCCCAAAAAAACCAGUGGAUUUAUUUUUUUUAAACUUAUACUGCUACAUGAGAAAUUUCUACAAUUUGAUUGGCUAAGAGCAGUGGUAGUUCAGCUUAAUUUGAAAUAACUACAUGAGAAAAUUACAAACCUUUUGCGAGUAGUAGCAUAAACAAAUAAUAGCAUGAUUUGUAUGUGAUAUUUGGCAUAAAUACCACUCGUGAUAUUUCAAAAUGGUGUCAAAUUUCACUUGCCUCACGGCUUGUGAAGUUACAGAUAACAAUUUUGAAACAUUGCUCUUGGUACUUAUGCCAAAUAUCACUACAAAUCAUGCUAUUACCUAAUAAGGAGAUACAAAAUAAAAAGGCUUUAAAGUCAUAGUGAAGGUGAUUUUUAGAUUGUUCAUGAUUGGAUGUAGCUUAACAUAUUGGACAAUGUACUUUAUAAUAUUUUUCACAGGUCCAAUAGACCUCUUAAAAACAUAGAGUACAUUGUCCACGGUGUGACAUGACUUACAGUAUGGUAAGUUAGCGGUGGCUCACCUAUAAACCAUGCUCUCUGUUCUUAUGUGUUUUCCACAGAGACACAACCUAGCUUCACAUUAUUUGGAUUUUAAUUAGUGAAACGCAAUUCAGCUUAUCCUGAAAUGCAAUCAUUUACUUUACCAAGGGUCACCUACAUGUAGCAAGGGCAGCUCCAGAAUAUUCAGAAAGAGGGGGCUGGUAGACUUGAUAGCUAUAUGGGUCUUUUUAGUUGGCGUCAGUGGAACUCUGAGAUCAUCUUUGUCCAAAAAUUAAGGCUCUAGAAGACAGAUCUUACCAAGAAUUUUUUAAAAUUUUAACACAAUGUCAGACAAAAAGGGUGUGGCCCCAUCCAGCCACCUACUGCUUUUGCACGGUAGCAUCCAAUUUAUUUUUUUUUAUUGAGUUGCACAGAGUUGCUACAUUUUGAAAUUAAUUGUUAUUGAAAUGUUUUCUUUUUUAAGGAAUUUGAAAAACCGAAGCCUGACAAGCUGCAUGGUUUAAGGGUGCACUGUUGGGUCUUAGUUCUGUCUGGGAAACGUGAAGUUCCCGAGAGUUUCUUUAUAGAAACCCUGACAGGAAACUGUCAUCCCUUAACCCACAGUGCAUAUCUUGGUAUUGAGAGUGUAUGGAACCACAAGAACUACUGGGUCAACAUGCAGGACUGUUCACACGGAGUUCAGGUACCUCUUUAAGUUUAGUGUGCCUACUACAUGGAUCUUUUCCCUAGUUAGACUGCAAAACAACGGUCAUUGUGGAUUGGUUAUGAACGAGCACAUGGUGCGUCCCAAGAAAAAAUUCGACGUUCCAUCUUGGCCUCAAAUUUCUUUUGAUCAUGUAUUAAGCAUUUUAUACUGCGUGUAAGCCUCUAUGAGAAGCAGCAGUGAGGGACAUCUUUAUUAAAAUUACCGCAAGCUCCGUUAGAAAAUUUGCAUAAAAUUUGUACCCCAAAAUUAGCUCUGAACUAUCACCCCAGUUCUGUUAACUACUGCUUUAGCUACUGUACUCAUUUUAAAGUAACUAGGAGUAAUUAGACUCAGUUACUUCAAUUUAUGUAGUAUAGUUAUUUUACUGUGUCUUUAGAAAUGUCGUAACAAAAGGUGAAUACUUUGACACUUGAUAGGACCUAGUGUAUGAUCUAGGUGAUGCAUCCAAGUGGGAGUUCAUGUUCUCCACAACAGACAAACCACUACUGCUGAUACCAACUUUAGAUGAAGCUGAUCCGUUAGAAAUCGAUGACGAUGAGGUACUGUCUGCCGGCCGGUCUCUAUCCUGGUCCUUCUCUCUCCAUACAAGAGAUUUUAAGCACCCAAUACUGCGACUGCUGCAAGAACAGCUCACAAGCAUUACAAUUGCCUCUGCCGCCCGUGUGUUUUAUAUGUUUUGUGCAUUUCUGAGCUGUUCUCUUCAUAACAUGAGAUCGUGAACACACCACGUUAACGUUUUGUUCUCUUUGUUAACCUGAAAACUUUCAUCACGAAUUUACCUCCGGACAUUUCAUUCACGUCGGAACAAAUAAAAAUAAAUAUUAUAUUUGCAACCGAGCUUUAAACAACUCUUUUAUCCUUCUUGUCUACUACAGCUUAAGCUUGUCAUACCUUAGCCAGUAUUAUUUUUAAGGUUGUUGGCCUGUUUGGUUUUCAGAAUGAUGACGAUGGUUCUGAUUUUGACUUGCCUCCUUCUUGGGUUUCUCCUCUAGAAAUCUCCCUCAAAGGUUAGCCAACCACCAUUUUGCUUACUUUCCUGCAAAAACAGCACUUUUCUCACUUCAUGCAUAAUUAGUCCUAACGCGGGAAAAAAGAAACUCUUCUGAUUCAAUCAUGUCGGGCUUGCGCGCAUGGCGUCCCUCGCCUAGAACUUCACGGUUUUACCUAGCUCAAUGGAGUUCAGUGGAUCAUGUGACCUCGAAGUUUCACCCCCUCCACCUCUCCACCCACGAUAAUCGGCAUGAUGCCUCUUGCCCUGCCGUCGCGGUUUUCCCUCACAGCUUAGUUCCUCGUGCCGGGGUAAUAGGUAUGAAGUGCAAAUAUAGACCACUGCGAAAAAUACCAUAAUAUUCUCAAAUUGCCGUUUGGGUAGAGCUUCAUGAUCCUAAUCUUCUUUAUCUAUUUUACCUUAACUGUAGAGUUUCAAACAAGAUGCCCGUACGGGAAAAAGACAAAGCUGUACAAGAAAGCAAAGCUGGAGAAAUUUGCUGAAUAUCUGAUCAAAGAUGGUCUGGUGUCCAGUUUGGGAAGUUACAACGACUACGAACGUAAGCAUACUCCAGUUCAAAAUAUCACGGUAUAAAUAAAUUGUAACAAUGAAACAAAGGAAAGAGCUUUGAUUCAGUCACAAAUAGUGGGGUUGAAAAAACUGCCGACCCUUAACCAGCCUCGAGGUGUUUGAAUUCCUGGAGAAACACUUUUCGAGUGUUUGAUGUCCCAACCAGUGAAAAAUACAGUAUUGGGAAAACUCUCUCUAAAAAGGAGAUCAAGCACCUUUUAUGGCAGUUAGGUAGUUUUCCAUUUAUCCCGUUCGUGUUUUAUAAACGAUUUUCAGGGGAAACGGACCUUAGACGCCUCUUCGGUUUACCCGCUCAGAUUUGGUGUACCCCAGGGGUCCGUAUUGGGUGGGUGACCUAAUACGAUGGCAUGAUAUGAAGUUUCAUCUCUGUGCUGAUAACACUCAACUGUGCGCCACCUUUAGUUGUGAUGAUGGCGUGGGAUUCACCACUGCAAUUUCCCAGAUUGGAAACUGUCUUGCUGAUAUCACUAACUGGAUAACUACAAACAAACUAAAACCAGUAAAAUAUAGUAAAUACUGAUAAAACGGAACUUCUCACCCUUCAUUCUAAGUUCAGACUGCCCCCACGGCUUCCAUCGAUACAUUUUUUGUGCGAAGGUUUUUGCAAGAUUUUGAGAACGUUUUUGGUAAUUAUUAAGAAAAAUUAAUAACAAUAAUAAUAAUAUUAAUAGUAAUAAUAAAAAACACGUUCACACAUUGAUACUUACCUGAAUAUUUGAUUUCAGUGAAAGACAUGAUCGAAAAACGAGAAGUGUUCAAACACAGGAUUGACAAACUGGAGACUAAAGUACAUAACAUGACAACCGGACUCAUUACAGAAUACUUUGCACCUGGCAGACCGGACUGUCUUAAAGGUAUUCUGCAUUUCUGCUUUUACAUGUAUGUUUCCGAUUUUAAUUCAUGCAUCUAUCAGACUUAUUCUGGCUAUACACCAUGUGUAUUACAAGUGUCUGUCUUCAAGAGUUGACUGCCUUAUAGACAGUCAAGGAAAUGAAGCAGCAACCACUGCGCCAAUAGCCUGCGAACGCAGACAUAUUUCCGGUCGUCACUUUUCUCCACCUGAAAAGUACCUUUUCGGGAGGAACGAGUUACAUCUGCGUUUGCAGGUUACUGCACCAACCCGAACGUAUACAUUUCAAAGGAGUCCGUUUUAUGCAGGUUUAUAAAGGUUUCUACUAAAAGACAACUGUCCCGGUGCUCCUUUUUUUAGAUCGUUGGAAAUUAGUGACAUCGUUUUGAAAUCACUUCAUUUUAAAAUCUUGAUGCCUAACUCCUGGCGCAAUUAGUUGAUCUUGGCGUGAAAUAGCAUCAGUAUAUCUCGAAGCCAAAUUUAAUUUUUUUUUAGUACAAGGAUAUUUAAGUUUUAAUUGUCUCUAUUUGUAGAACACACUUUCAAGGCGAAUUCACCGGGUCCAGAAUCUGACAGAACUAUGACAUUCUACUCCAGGUGUGGUUGAUUUUAUCUCGCCCUUUUUCUAUAUUGUACGGGUCCAUGUGUCCCUGAUUGUAUACUAAACUUGACUUUGUGUGGCUGAUGAAAUAAAUGGUGAAUAAAUGAAUAAAUAAAUAAGGUUGAGGUUGUUUUAUUUGGGACAUAAACGUGCCAAAAGGAUUGUUGGGCUAAUAAUUAUUACUGGAUGUUCCUAAAACAACUGGUUGGCUGAGGAUAGCUGGUCAGUGGCGGGAGAAAGGGUGUCAGUCUCAAACUAAAGUCAAAAUCAGAGUAAAAAUCGCGUGAUUGUGAGAUACACUUGAACUCUCACACUUUCACCUCCCUGGUGUCGCCCAUGUCCGUUAUUAAGAUUCUUCCUUUAGCGCCCGGACGGAUUAGUGAAGCUAAGAAUCUGACGGCUUGUUGACAGAGACGAUUUCAUGACCUGGUGACUUUCAAGCCUCAAGAAGCCCCAAUUGUAAAAAUAUUCGAAUGAUCGGAUUUAGAUGUCAACAUCAAAACGCUUUGAAAAAUGUUUUGAAUUCAAACUGUACGAAAAACUUUUUCUGGUGGAAUUUUUGCACUUGAGAGAAAGAUACUGGAUAACACGAAGAA